CGCCGCAAUGCAUUCUGGGUCCAUACCAAGAUGGCUGCGCCCUUGCCGAAGUGCUGAAGAAGUGCCUCCCAGAGAAAUUUCCAGGAGUUUCGGUGGAAUUGCGUUCACAACACCACGAAUUCACACAACGCGAAACACACACAGCGACACAACCAACCCGCAAACUCCCAAAGUGACACGAGUCGGUCCUUCCCGUGGCUGUGGCAGACUGUCGGUGUGAAGAUGGGCCUCAUCUGGAGCCCCUUCCCGUAGCGAACCGCCGUGGGGAGAGGACCCGCAGGUUCCCCUGCAAACACCUGCCCGUAGAACUUGGACUUGACGGCUUUGACAUCAUCUAUAGACUGUGGACGCUACCGUACAACUUCUUGUGCAGAAUUGUCUGUGCGACCGUGUCUGUCAUCGUGAGAACGCGACGAGGUCCCCCCAUCCCGAUAGAGAACCGCACCGCACUGCCAAGGGCCUUAAUGAAAAUGGACGUGGAUUUGCAUUCACCGGCUGUGGGACUGGCUGAGGAAGAAGAGCCCGACCUCAGUGACUGGAAGCUCCCCUUGGCCUUCAUGAAGAAACGCCACUCGGAGAAGAUUGAGGGCUCCAAGGCCCUGGCACAGAGCUGGAGGAUGAAAGACCGGAUGAAGACGGUGAGCGUGGCCUUGGUGCUGUGUCUCAACGUGGGAGUGGACCCCCCCGACGUGGUGAAGACCUCCCCUUGUGCCAGGCUGGAGUGCUGGAUAGAUCCCCUGUCGAUGAGUCCCCAGAAGGCCCUGGAGACCAUCGGAGCCAACCUGCAGAAGCAGUACGAGAACUGGCAGCCAAGAGCGCGCUACAAACAGAGCCUGGACCCCACGGUGGACGAGGUGAAGAAGCUGUGCACGUCGCUGCGGCGCAACGCCAAGGAGGAGCGCGUCCUGUUCCACUACAACGGUCACGGGGUCCCGCGGCCCACCGUCAACGGGGAGAUCUGGGUCUUCAACAAGAACUACACCCAGUACAUCCCCCUCUCCAUCUACGACCUGCAGACCUGGAUGGGAAGCCCGUCCAUCUUUGUGUACGACUGCUCCAACGCGGGCAUCAUCGUCAAGUCCUUCAAACAGUUCGCCCUGCAGAGGGAGCAGGAACUCGAGGUGGCCGCCAUCAACCCUAACCACCCCCUGGCCCAGCUGCCCCUGCCCCCCUCCAUGAAGAACUGCAUCCAGCUGGCGGCCUGCGAGGCCAGCGAACUGCUGCCCAUGAACCCUGACCUCCCCGCCGACCUCUUCACCUCCUGCCUCACCACGCCCAUCAAGAUCGCCCUGCGAUGGUCUUGCCGUGCGUGUGUGUGUGUGUGUGUGUGUGUGUGUGUGUGUGUGUGUGUGUGUGUGUGUGUGUGUGUGUGUGUGUCCGUCCCACAGCACAGCCCGUUCUUCGCCGAGCAGCUGACGGCCUUCCAGGUGUGGCUCACGAUGGGCGUGGAGAACAGGAGCCCCCCCGAGCAGCUCCCCAUCGUCCUACAGGUGCUGCUCAGCCAGGUGCACCGUCUGCGAGCGCUGGACCUGCUGGGCCGCUUCCUGGACCUGGGACCCUGGGCCGUCAGUCUGGCGCUCUCCGUGGGGAUCUUCCCCUACGUGCUGAAGCUGCUCCAGAGCUCGGCCAGAGAGCUCCGUCCCCUGCUCGUCUUCAUCUGGGCGAAGAUCCUGGCCGUGGACAGCUCGUGUCAGGCUGACUUGGUGAAGGAUAACGGUCACAAGUACUUCCUGUCUGUGCUGGCUGACAGCUACAUGCCGGCGGAGCAUCGCACAAUGGCUGUGUUCAUAUUGGCCAUCAUCGUCAACAGUUACACUACGGGACAGGAGGCCUGUCUGCAGGGCAACCUGAUCGCCAACUGUCUGGAGCAGUUGUCGGACCCCCACCCCCUGCUGCGCCAGUGGGUGGCCAUCUGCCUGGGCCGCAUCUGGCAGAACUUUGACUCGGCGCGCUGGUGCGGCGUCCGGGACAGCGCCCACGAGAAGCUCUACAUCCUGCUCUCAGAUCCCAUCCCCGAGGUGAGGUGUGCGGCGGUCUUCGCUCUGGGGACCUUCGUAGGGAACUCUGGGGAGCGGACGGACCACUCCACCACCAUCGACCACAACGUGGCCAUGAUGCUGGCGCAGCUCAUCAACGACGGCAGCCCGGUGGUCCGCAAGGAGCUGGUGGUGGCUCUCAGUCACCUGGUGGUCCAGUAUGAGAGUAACUUCUGCACCGUGGCGCUGCAGUUCAUCGAGGAGGAGAAGAACUACUCGGUCCCCUCGCCGGCCAACACAGCCGAGCCGGGCAGCCUGACCCCGGGGCGGGACAGCCCGGCCGUCCCCAGGCUGCGCUCCGUCAACUCCUACACCAACAUCCGGGCGGCCACCACGGCCCGCAACCUCAACAAGAGCCUGCAGAACCUCAACGUCAACGAGGAGGGGGGCCCGGCGGCCCUCUCCCCAGGGAACCUGAGCACCAGCAGCAGCGCCAGCAGCACCCUGGGGAGCCCCGACAACGACGAGUACAUCCUCUCCUUCGAGACCAUCGACAAGAUGAGGCGGGUCUCCUCCUACUCCUCGCUCAACUCCCUCAUAGGUGUGUCCUUCAACAGCGUCUACACCCAGAUCUGGAGGGUGCUGCUCCACCUGGCUGCGGACCCCUUCCCAGAGGUCUCUGACCUGGCCAUGAAGGUCCUCAACAGCAUCGCGUACAAGGUAAAACCCCCCCCUCCUCUUCUUCUCCUUCUCCUUAAACCGCUCGGCCGAGUCGUCCCCCGUCUGUGGCCGCCGCCGCCGCCGCCGCCGCCGCCGCCCAUCCCAGAGAGCCAGCCGCCUCCUCCCACCGUCGUCCUCCACCGCGGUGCGCCCAGGGCGUCCCGGCGGGAGGGUGAAGAUCCACAGGUUCCCGUCUCACACGGGAGCCCUCGCAACGCUCCGGGCGACCUGCUCCAGAACAUUAAAAACAACAAGAAGCCCUGUUGCAUUGUGGGGGUUGUAGUCCAACUCCGCUUCCAUCCUCUUCCCACAGGCAUCUCUCGUCUCGACGACCAGAUCUUCAUCAACCGCAACCCCGGGGUCCCGUCGGUGGUCAAGUUCCACCCCUACAACGCCUGCAUCGCCGUGGCCGACAAGGACAGCAUCUGCUUCUGGGACUGGGAGAAGGGCGAGCGGCUGGACUACUUCUACAACGGCAACCCGCGCUACACGCGCAUCACGGCCAUGGAGUACCUGAACGGGCACGACUGCUCCCUGCUGCUCACUGCCACAGACGACGGCGCGCUGCGGAUCUGGAAGAACUUUGCGGACCAGAGGAACCCGGAGAUGGUGACGGCGUGGCAGGGCCUGUCUGACAUGCUGCCCACCACCCGAGGCCAGACCUCCAGCACACACAGUCUGGCCAGAAGGGUCUCCAUCUAUCUCGACCGCAGUAAACAAGGAGGCGCGGGCAUGGUGGUGGACUGGGAGCAGGACACCGGGCUGCUCAUGACCUCCGGGGACGUCCGCGUCAUCCGCAUCUGGGACACGGAGCGGGAGAUGAAGGUCCAGGACAUCCCGACGGGAGCGGACAGCUGCGUGACCAGCCUGUCCUGUGACUCCCAGCGCUCCCUCAUCGUGGCGGGGCUGGGGGACGGCUCGGUGCGCGUGUACGACCGCAGGAUGGGCCCCAACGAGUGCCGCAUCAUGACGUACCGGGAGCACGGGGCGUGGGUGGUCAAAGCCCACCUCCAGAAGCAGACUGACGGACACAUCAUCAGCGUCAGUGUGAACGGGGACGUGCGGUUCUUCGAGCCGCGGUCGCCGGACUCGGUCAACGUGCUGCAGACGGUGAAGGGACUGACGGCGCUGGACAUCCACCCCCAGGCCAACCUCUUCGCCUGCGGCUCCAUGAAUCAGUUCAUCGCGGUGUACAACUCCAACGGGGACGUGAUCAGCAACAUCAAGUACUACGACGGGUUCAUGGGCCAGAGGAUCGGCGCCAUCAGCUGCUUAGCCUUCCACCCCCACUGGCCUCACCUGGCAGUGGGCAGCAACGACUACUACAUGUCCAUCUACUCGGCUGAGAAGAGGCUCAGAUAGCAACGUGGCAGCGUCGGUCGCCUUCCUCCUCCACCUCCCUCCACCUCCCUCCUCCUCCUCCACCAUCGCUUCCACCACCACCUCCCUACGGACCCCACCACCCCCCCCCCCCCCCCAACCCCACCACCUACACCUCCACCACCCCCCCCACCCCACUGAAGCUGCGUCGGCCGUUUCGUAGCGGGGGCUGUAAAUUAUGUUCUAGUGUACAUAUGCAAUCGCCAAAACCCCGAAUGUCCCCCCCCCCCCCCCCCCAGUUACCCGGACGGCUGCUGACCAGAGACUCCCCGAUGAACAAACUCUAUAUUAUUAUUAUUAUAAUUAUUAUUCAUUUAUUCCUCAUUCUUGUGAUGAAGCUGAUGAUUGUAGGUCGUGGGCCUCACCGAGGAGCAGAGCGUGUACAUUAAAAAAAAAAAAAAAAAAAAAA